AUGAUCUCUUCAGAAGAGACCCUGCGCCACUCCUCGUCUCACACGACUGCCCAUGCAGACCAAGCGGUGAACGCCAACUCAAUAGUCAGCCGGGUGACGACCGAUGCUGAUGGCAACACCUACCCGGAGGGCGGUCUACAAGCAUGGCUGGUGGUCUUUGGGAGCUUCAUGGGACUGUUUGGGUCGCUGGGGCUGAUCAACACCAUCGGUACGUUCCAAGCGUACCUGGAGAACCACCAGCUAAAGGACUACAGCUCGGGGAGCACGGGCUGGAUCUUUGGCGUGUUCGCCUGCCUGUCAUUCUUCUGCGGACUGCAGGUCGGUCCGGUUUUCGACGCGAGAGGUCCUCGGAUGCUGAUUUUGGCCGGCUCGGUUCUCAUGGUGGUCGCAAUGAUUGCGAUGGGGUUCAGCACUCAAUACUGGCACUUUAUGGUCGCGAUUGGCGUGGUGGGAGGAAUAGGCAUCUCUCUGAUUUUCACCCCGGCCAUAUCAGCGGUUGGUCACUGGUUCUACGAGAAGCGUGGCAUCGCAACGGGAAUCGCUGCUACUGGAGGCUCGUUCGGCGGUGUUGUGUUUCCCUUGACUUUGCAGAGCCUCUUUCCGCGAGUGGGAUGGGCUUGGGCCACUCGGGUUAUAGCUCUGAUGUGCCUAUUGUCCCUAGCAAUCGCCUGCCUGCUGAUUAGAUCUCGUCUGCCCAAGAAACCUAUAUCGAGAGAGAAUAUGUUGCCCGAUUUUCGCAUCCUGAGAGACCCCAAGUUCGCCCUCACCGCCAUUGGCAUGUACUUCAUCGAAUGGGGAUUGUUUAUCCCCAUCAGUUAUAUCUCAUCAUAUGCAUUGGCACAUGGGGUCUCCACCCAACUCUCUUAUCAGAUACUCGCCGUCCUGAAUGCUGGCUCGAUUUUUGGACGAGCCCUUCCGGGCUACUUCGCCGACGUUUUCGGUCGAUUCAAUGCCCUGAUCGUCACCGUCGCCCUGUGUCUCGUGUGCAACGCCUGCUUAUGGCUCCUCGCGGGGAACAACUUGCCUCUUCUGGUCGUUUAUUGUGUUGUAUUUGGCUUCGCAAGUGGCAGCAACAUCAGUCUUACGCCGGUAUGUAUUGGGCAACUUUGCAAGACUGAACAUUAUGGCCGAUAUUACGCUACCGGGUACACAAUUGUUAGCUUGGGUACUUUGACCGGUAUGCCUAUUGCAGGGGAAAUCCUCUCACGCUGCAAUGGAGAAUACUGGGGCCUCAUUACAUUCACCACAUGCUGCUAUGCCGUCGGCCUCGCCUGUGUUAUUGCCGUGAAGAUUCUACACGUCGGCUGGCGUCAACCCUUGGCAAUAUACUAA